UUAUAUGUAACUAAAACUAAAGUCUAGUUACAUUUUUUAAUUGUUUUCUUUUUAUUUAAUAAUUUCAAAUAUAAUUUAAAUAAAUUUAACAUUUCGCGCCAUCCUACUCCAGUCUUUUCCAACACUAACCCGUUUAGUGUUGAACAGCUUGACCAUUGAACCGAUUAAGUAUUGGACAGCGCGGCAGUUCGUUCUCCGAAUCAACACGUCAACGGCGACUCUUUUUUUUUUAAUCCCUCUCCGCGAAACUCAGUCGCCGCGCACAAUUAAUUCAUAAUUCAACAAUUCUUGAAUCAAAGUAGCACGUCGACGGUUGGAGCAAGUGUAUUGGGUAGCGGCAAGACAAUUGUAAAGUCGGCAAGGACGGCUGGAAGUGCAAACACAACGGGACACGCUCUACAAUGAAAAUCCUGCUCGUUUUGAGCGCCCUGCUGGCGGGGAUUACCCUCAGCCAUGGUGCCGCUGUCAUGUCCGUGGAUCUGGGCACUGAAUGGAUAAAAGUGGGCGUCGUAUCCCCGGGUGUACCCAUGGAAAUAGCCCUCAAUCGUGAGUCCAAGCGCAAAACACCCGCCAUCCUGGCCUUCCGGAAUGGUGUCCGAACCAUUGGCGAGGAUGCCCAGACGAUUGGAAUCAAGGAACCGAAUGCCGCCUACGGUUAUCUUCUGGAUCUCCUCGGCAAGACCAUCGACAAUCCCAUUGUGGACUUGUACAGGAAACGCUUCCCCUACUACAACAUUAUCGGUGAUCCGGAACGCAAUACUGUCGUCUUCCGCAAGAGCGACACGGAGGAGUUCUCCGUGGAGGAGCUGGUCGCCCAGAUGCUGAUCAAGGCCAAGGAAUUCGCCCAGGAGUCCACCCAGCAGCCAAUAGCCGAGUGUGUCCUCACAGUCCCCGGUUACUUCGGUCAGGCUGAGCGCGAGGCCCUCCUGGCGGCCGCUCAGCUGGCCAAUCUGAAGGUUCUCCAACUGAUCAACGACUAUGCGGCCGUGGCCCUCAACUACGGUGUGUUCCAUCGCGGCGAGAUCAAUGAGACGGCCCAGUACUUCCUCUUCUACGACAUGGGCGCCUACAAGACCUCCGCCGCCGUCGUCAGCUACCAGCUGGUGAAGGACAAGCAGACCCGCGAGAUCAAUCCGGUGGUUCAGGUCCUGGGUGUGGGCUAUGACAGGACACUGGGUGGCCUGGAGAUCCAACUGAGGCUGCGCGAUUACCUGGCGGCCGAGUUCAAUGCCCUGAAGAAGACCAAGACCGAUGUGACCACCAAUCCCCGAGCUCUGGCCAAACUGUUCAAGGAGGCCGGUCGUCUCAAGAACGUCCUGUCGGCCAACAACGAUCACUACGCCCAGAUUGAGAACGUGCUGGAGGACAUCGACUUCCGGCUGCCGGUUAGCCGCGAGAAGCUGGAGGAGAUCUGCGCCGAUCUCUGGCCGAGAGCCACCAAGCCCCUGGAACAGGCCCGGGCCUCGUCGCACCUCAGCCUGGAUGUCAUCAACCAGGUGAUCUUGUUCGGCGGCGGCACUCGAGUCCCACGCGUCCAGGAGACCAUCAAGGCUCUGAUCAAGCAGGAGCUGGGCAAGAAUCUAAACGCCGAUGAGUCCGCUACCAUGGGAGCCGUUUACAAGGCAGCCGAUCUCUCCACCGGCUUCAAAGUUAAGAAGUUCAUCGUUAAGGACGCUGUGCUGUAUCCCCUGCAGGUGUCCUUCGAGCGUGAUCCUGGCGAUGGCGCUGCCGUGAAGCAGGUGAAGCGGGUCCUGUUCGCUUUGAUGAAUCCCUAUCCCCAGAAGAAGGUCAUCACCUUCAACAAGCACACCGAUGACUUUGAGUUCUAUGUGAACUAUGCCGACCUGGAUCGCUACACCGCCGAGGAUGUCCAGGCCCUGGGCAGCCUGAAUGUGACCAAGGUGGAACUGAAGCAGGUCAAGGAGCUGCUGGAGAAAUCGAAGAAGGAUGUGGUGGACAACAAGGGCAUCAAGGCGUACUUCUACCUGGACGACUCUGGCAUCUUCCGCUGCACCAAUGUGGAGUACGUCUUCGACAAGCAGAAGCCCGAGGAGGACGCCGACGAUGACAGCACUUUGGCCAAACUGGGCAGUACUCUGAGCAAGCUCUUCGCCAAGGACGGCGAGGAGAAGGCCUCCAAGGACGAGGAACAGCAGACCGGCGAAGAGUCAGCCUCGACUGGCGAAGAACCACCCAAGGCGGAGGGCGAUGCCGAGCCCGAGAAGACCAAGGAGGACGAGGAUGCUGCCAACAAGGAGCCCAAGGCCGAUGCUGACAAGCCAGAGACCGCCGAGACCAAGGAUAAGGAGAAGAACGAAACCAUUAAGCUGGUGACCGUCAAGCUGCCCGUCACCUACGAUCCUCAGGUGCAGAUCACGCCGCCUCUCUCCGGCGACGCCUACGAAGCUUCGUUGGCCAAACUGAAUGCCAUUAACAAGGCCGAGGAGGAGCGCGUCCGUCUGGAAUCCGCCUUCAACUCCCUGGAGUCGCACAUCAUCGAGGUGCAGCAGAAACUGGACGAGGACUCGUACGGCAGCUGUGCCACCGCCGAGGAGAAGGAGAAACUUCUGGCCGAGUGCGCCACACUGAGCGAUUGGCUGUAUGAGGAUCUGGAGAAUCCCAAGGCGGAAAUCUAUGAGGAUAAACUGGCCCAGCUGAAGAAACUGUCGAACGUCUUCCUGGCCCGCCACUGGGAGCAUGAGGAGCGUCCGGAGGCCACCAAGGCACUCAAGAGCAUGAUCGAAGCCGCCGAGAAGUUCCUGGUCAGUGGACGCAACCUCACCAAGGACACCAAUCCCGAGAAGGAUGUCUACACCCAGGUGGAGAUCGAUACCCUGGCCAAGGUGAUUGACGAGACAACCACCUGGCUGAAGACCGAAUCGGCUGCCCAAAAGAAACUGGCCCGGAACGCGGAUGUUCGCAUGUCCGUCAAGGACAUCACCGAAAAGAUGGGUGUGCUGGACCGUGAGGUCAAGUACCUGGUCAACAAGAUCAAGCUCUGGAAGCCCAAGACCAAGCCGGCCGCCGACAAGGACAAGAAGAAGGAUGCCGGCAAGGAUGAGCAGCAGGGAUCGGGCAGCGGUGAUGGUGCCAAGAUUGAGGAGGAGCCAGCGGAGGCGGCGAAGGAGAAGCCAGAGGAGCAAGUACCGGAACCGGAGCAGGGUGCCACCGAGGAGGAGAAGAUCACUCCCACGCCCACCGGCGAGGCCAAGAUACCGCACAGCGAGCUCUAAGCAGGGGAAGCCUUUUUUUUUAUAAAUUUAAAUAGAGUCCAGGGAAGACGAGUGCCUGGCUAAGAUUCAGCGAAGAAUUCAAAUCACAACAAAAGAGGGGGGGGCCAAAGACACACACACACACACACAAAACAACACACACACAUACCAUGCAGGGCGGGGGGCGCAGCCAGGACACUCGAGUCGCCACUUAAAUUCUCUGAUUUUUUUUGUAUGUAUUCAAGCUAGCUAAAAAAAAACAAAAACAAAAAAUGUGGGGUUAAAUUAUGCUACUCUUAAUUUCUAAUUAAAAAUUAAAAAACAAAAAAAAUUAAGAAAAGGAAAAAAAGAGAGAAAAAAAAUGUAAAAAAAGAACCAUUUCCAUACCAUUCCGCUGUGCUUUAGGUGGUCGCUCUUAGGAAAUACAAGACUUAUGUACACCCGACUCCUCCCACAUUGAAAGCCUCUCUACUUCUACUUCUCUAAAAUACUAUAUAUUAUAUAUACAUGUCCACUAUAUAGUAUCCACUGAUCUAUUGUAGCGAAAAAGUAGCGAAAAAAAACAGAAACAAUUGGGCGGGCUAGGGGAGCGUUAAAAAGGAUCAACGAAUUAUAACAAAAAAAAUGAAAUCAGCUCAAAAAUACACGAGAUCAUAAUAAAAUUAAACAGAAAUUACAAAAAGUA